AUGGCGAUCCUGCAUUAUCUUGAAUUCAUCAUUGGCCGGCUCCUGUACCCAAUCCGUGGGCAUGACUCGGGCCAGAUCAUUCAUUGCCCGGCCUUCAAAGAUCUUCCGGAACCCAACAUGACCCUCGAGGCACCCAAGGCUGGCCCCUCGGGCUCCAAGCUACCUCUCCACUGUACCUGCAAGGCCCUUGAUGGCAAGGGUUGUCUUCCUGCGCUGCACUGGACCGCUCCAGACUGUCGCGAGGAGGUUAGGGAGUAUGUACUCCUCUGUGAAGACCUCGAUCCACCGAUCCCAUUCCUAGUAUUCCACCACGGUCUCCUCUGGGCAAUUCCAGCCUCGACUACCAAGGCUGAAGCAGCUAAUAUCCACCCGGAUGAACACUCCAAGAUUUCCCGCCUGACUGUUGCCGGUUGGCGUUUUGUGCCCAACUUACGCGGAUUGCCGUAUGUCGGCGCUGGCGCACCCCUCGGUCACGGAAAGCAUCGCUACGUCUUCACCAUUAUCGCCCUCAAUGAGUCACUGAAGUUCAAGGCUCCUGAGAAGGCGACCAAGAAGGAUAUCAAGCGCGCUAUGGCGGGCAAGGUCAUCGGAUGGGCUCAGUGGACUGGCACCUUUGAAAAGCCUUGGCCCAACUAG